UGGAGAUAUUCCGAACAAGACAAAGAGGGAUGUCCAAUCUGGUGUGUAUGGUCCGAGUUGGUUUCUGACGAUGAAGACACCACAGUUUUGGAUCGAUGAUGGGCAUAUUGAUGCGGCCAUGCAUAUGCUACGUAGGCGUCGACAGUUCUAUCCCGGGGCGUAUCGGCAAGAUGGUGUUGUGAUGAAUAUUAUGUUCUCACAAGUGGUACCGGCCCGUUAUGAUGCAUAUCAGAAUGCCAAGGAAGCGGAUAAGAAAAGGUUUUUGUGGGAUUCAGAUGUGAUAUCAAUGAUUACGGGAAUUGACAAUCAAUUUCUGGCAUCGUGGAAGGGAGUAGACACUGUAUAUUGGUGCCAGAACUAUCUUCAAGCGCAUUGGUUUGCAGUUGAAGCCUCCAUUUCUACUUGGACUCUGAAUGUUUAUGAUUCGGACGUGACCGUGAUAAGUGAUAAACAACUGCAAUCUUUUAUGAAGUCAUGGUCUACUUUGUUCCCAUCGUUGUUAUUGCAGUCACAACUUUUCAAGGACGACCCUCGGUUGACGAUUCCACCUGGAGCUAAAAGAUGCAAAGAGUUCAAUGUGCACCGCAUGCCAGUUGAUUCAGUACCCCAAACCAAAGUCAGUGGAGAUUGUGGUGUGUACGCCAUCAAGCACAUCGAACACUUAUUGGGUAGGCUACCACUUGACACGAUUUGCGAUGACAACAUGGAGUUGUUCAGAAACAAAUGGACAGUUGACUUAUGGUAUCAGAAUGUUAGACAUUGAACAUUCUCAUGUUAUAUUUAUUUGCUUAAAAUGUAGAUUUUUAAGAAAUUUUUUUGAGUCGAGUAUCUUUUUAUUAA